CGGCGGCCGCGCCCGGCGGGGAGCGCGGCGGGGCGGCGGAGCGGCCCCGGAGGAUGGGGCGUGCGGCGGCAGGCGCUGGGCUGGGGACCGUGUCCCUCUGGGGCAGCCUCCUGCUCGCUGCCAGCCUUGCCCUCGACACAGCACCGCAAAGCUGCAACUGCACGGAGCGCAUGGACUUCCAGGCUUUCCGGGAGGCUCCGCUCCCCGAGAGCUGCUGCCUCAACUUCACCAGCUCCAACAUCACCCACCUGGACUGGGGCGCGCUGGUAGGGGUGCGGGGGCUGCGGGAGCUCUACCUCUCGCACUGCAGCAUCACGGAUAUCAGCAACGCGCAGGGAGUCCCCCCUGCCUUGGAGAUCUUGCACUUAAGUCACAACCUGCUGGAAAGUCUCCCUGGAAGCUUUCUGGAAGAUGCCCCUAAUUUGAGGGUCCUUUAUCUGGACAGCAACCAGCUCCAGGAGCUGCCCAAUUCCUUCCUGAAAGCAUCGACCCAGGUCCAGGAGGUCUACCUGGGCUUCAACGCCCUGACCUUCCUUCCCGCCAGCCUCCUGAAGCCAUCUCUGCUCCAGCUCCAGCUCUCCAACAACAGCUGGGACUGCAGCUGUGCUUUGCUCAGCAACCUGGAGGGUUGGCCCAGCCUGGCUGCUGAGGUCACCUGCCACACACCGGAGCAGUACCAUGGCGUGGACCUCCAGAGCAUCCCUCGUGAGGAGCUGUGCCGCUCGCACAGCCUCACCGCCCUCUUCAUCUGCCUGCCCUCUCUCCUCAUCCUCGCCAGCAUCACCUGGUGCUUCUGCAGGCGGAAGAGAAAGACCAACUACAGCCUCCAGAGCAGGUCCCAGAGCCACCCGGCCACAGCAGAGAGGGGCAAUGUGCCGGUGCCUGCAGAGCCCCACCACUACAUCCCCUACGAGCUGCCUGCUGCCCCACCUGAGACCGAGAAGAAGGUGCUGCUGGGGAGCCAGGUCCUGCUCCAGCCCUCUGCGGACCUGCUGGAGAGUGGCAGAGACCUCUACGAGGAGGUGGAGAUUCAGGUGGGAUCCCCCAGCAGUUCCCAGGUGCCAACCCAAAAAGGGCAGCAGGGCACAGGGCCGGGCCAGCAGGAGGACAGCCUGGCACCGAGGGCAGAGGAGCUGGGGGGUAGCGAGCCAGAGGUGGACACUGUCAGCGUGAGCGAAGUCCUGAAGGACUCUGCUGACCGGGAAAAGAUCUACAUGAGUCAGUCGACCAACUAUUACAACCUGGUACCUGGCAUCGAGCUGGAGGACUCAGACAAUCUGGAGUAUGAGAACAUCGACCUGCACUGAUGGCAGGACUCAGGCUGUGUCUGGGACACACCGGGAGGAUGGCAGGGGCUGGGCAGUAGUGAAAGCCGGCAGAGCAGGAGAGGCACGAGCUGUCCUGCCGUGGCUUACAGUGGAUGCUUGCAAAGCUGCACCCCCAAAUUCCCAUCCCUUCCCCUGCGCUACCACGUGCACCCCUUGCUGGCCAUGUGCUGCAGCUGGGCAUGGGGUGCGAGGGUGCUUCAGGCACUGGGGACCCUGCCGCAGGCUGGCGGCAUUUGGGGACACGAGGGCCGGCAGUGCCCGAGGAAGGACAUGGAGAGGAGGUGGGAGCUGGUUUUGGGGACCAGGUGACAAUACUGUGUGUGCCAGACCCACUGACUGGGGCCUCCAUCCUCUCUUGCUGGAGCCAGAUGGCAUCUGGCACGGACCUGCUGCUCCCCAGCCUGCAGAGAAGAGGGUCUGGGGGCAUGAAAAGGGACUGGCUCUGCCUACGUGGUCUGUGGGGGGUGUCACACGUGGACGGGGUGCCCUGGGUGCCCUGGGCUUGGCAGCGGGAGCCUGGGAUGGCCCUGCCUGCUGCCCACCCCACAUCCCGCCAUGUCCCACUGUGUGGCACAGGGGCUUGAAACAGCUGGUGCACAUGUGCUGCUGCACACGCAAGUGCGCGUGCACACGUGUGUGCAUGGACUGCGCACGGGUGGGCGUGAGCGGGUGUGCGAGGUGCACACACACACA